AUGCCGGUUGGAACCGAGCUACACACGCGUCACGACGUGGCCGACACGUCUGAGCAUUUGAACGCGCAAAAUGCGCGUUCAAACGCUCCCGUUACGUCCACUGUUGCCGCUGACACUACGCGAACCACGGUUCAGCAAUUAGCGCAUGAAAACGACGAUUUGGAGACUGCAAAGCCAACUUCUGCACCGCAAAACACCCCCGAACCGGACGAACCGGCGGUCUCUGCCGCCAAGCCGCCACUGAUCCACGACGACAAAGACCCCAAUAUUGCACCGUUAUCGUCGUCGACAAUAACCACAACAACACCGGGAGUCCCGUCAAUGACCGGAACAACUCCACGACUAGACCACGCUUACAGUACUGAAAGCACAGUGGCUACCCAUCCUGCGGAAUACUCUGGAUUUGGUGGUUCUGUUGUUUCUAACCCAGGUCAGGAGUCGUCAGUGUCCUCCACAUCACCAAAACCGCAUGUCAGAAAGAUCACUGUGGACGGUACUAGUAGUGCGGCGGCAAUAGGAGCCGCGGUCAUUGUGGACGGCACUGACAGCGGGUCAAACCCGCGUCCGGACACCCAGACACCACGCGAUGUCAAUGACAAUACUAACAAGAAUCAUACAGGUUCUACACCAUCUACAACGGAAACUUCUGUACAACUACCGCAUAUCACCACGCUCCUAACCCUGCCGAAAAUUCCCAAUGAACCUCGUCAUCGUAGUCAUGCCGCUUCGCCCAAUUCGAUCUUAACCGGACGCAACGUUUUUGCUACUUCUGCGUCCCGCAACUCACUUCCUAGCGGCGGUGCUGGUGCGGGUAAAUUCGAUAAAUUACCGCUACGUGGUGCCAGCAGUUUUAGUGGUGUCAGUAGCAGUAGUCGCAGUGGUGUUGGCACUCCGCUGCUGCCGGUCACCAACAACAAUAGGACAUUUUUGACACCACAUCGGCUGAGCUUCAAUACACACCAAAUGGCAACUGAUCCGCAUGUAUCAUUGGUGGAUCAUAACAAGAUCGACAUUUCGUCAUUACUGAACUCCCGAGGUGAAGACGUUUACACUUUACGGUCCCGCGAGCAAUUAAGUUCAUCUCCGGCAUUCCAGGGACUAGGAAAUGAUGAAAACGAGAGUGGGGCCUUCAGCAAUGACAACAACAAUAAUGGGAACGGAAGUGACAAUGGCAACAAUAACAACAAUGGCGUAAACGACAAUGAACUCCACAAUCAUGGUAAUGACCAGAAAUUAGACCAUCGCCACGGAAAAGACUUACACAAUCGUGGUGGGAAUAAUGGUCGCUCAAGGGCGAGCAACCCACUUCAUCCACCGUCUGCGUCAACUGUCGUGGUGCCACCGCCCAGAACACAACCAGGACGCAUCAAAUCCAAGUUCGACGAUGUACGUUCACGUCUGUUACUCGAUCCUAAUGCAAUCCCACCGCGUUCGGACCAUUUUGGGUCGUCGUCAUCCGCUCGAUCCGAUGAUGAGUUUGCAGCUGCAGGUGCCGCAGCAGCUAUUAUGACCAAGAUGCGGUCGUCACCUUACGAACAUCAUGACGAACCAAACGUCUCUAGUCGCCCUGGAUCUGCUAGCUUUAGACACCAUAUGCGGCCAAUAAUUCGCAUUCAUCAACGCGAAUACGAACCCAAUGAAAGCGAUGAAAGUGCAGUAAUAGAGGAUGAUACUGAAGACGAAUCCUACGAAGAAGGAUCUGGACCCGCUACGGAUAAAAUCAGCUGGAACAAAAGUGGGAUGAGGAAACGGGUCACUCGACGUCAAUCUGCACCAUCCUCAAAUUUUAAGCGUCGCCAUUCCACCAAAGUAGAAGAUUUGAAUCCGAGCACGCGUACUUCACGUCAUUCUUCGACUUCUUCUGCAUCCACAGUCACGUCUUUACUUUCAGCUGCAAAACUUUUGGGCAAAAAACGAGGCGAUAAGACCGUCAAAGAAGAAACAAAAGACCUUCAUUGGGAUGGUAAAGAUCCAACGUUGUCCCCACCCACCUCGCCAAAAACUAGCAAAGUACGGAGGAAAAACGCAGCGGGUUCGAGAUCGAGAAGCGGAUGCUGGAUUUGCAGGUUGCGUAAGAAAAAAUGUACCGAGGAAAAACCAAGUUGCCAUAAUUGCAUGCGUCUCAAUCUGCAAUGUUUCUACGACCACACCAAACCAGAGUUCAUAUCAGAUCCCGUCAAGAAAAAUGAAAAGUUAGAAGAAAUAAAGAAGAAGACCAAAGAGGCAAAGCGCAUGGCAAUGAGAAGGAGGCCCUGA